CAAUAAUGUUUGUAACAGGUACUAGAGUUCAGGAAGUUUCUGUCGAAAAUUUUCUUUUUACGUUUAUCAUCACAGAAACUUUCACAGGCAUUGUAAAUCCUCGAUCCGUGGAACACUCUUUUCCUUGUGAUCUCUCCAUCCAGGAUGGAAAUCGUAUUAUUGGGUAUGAAUAGCAUGCUAAAGGGUUUGAUAAAAUGUAGUACGAUGUAAAAAUUUACAUAAUAUGAUAAUUUAAACCAAUAACUGGAAAUCCCAGAAAGCAAUUUUUUGCCCUCGGGUUCUACUUGUUCUGUUUACCUUAGGGUCAAAAGGUAAGAAAAUACAAGUGGCGAAAGAAUCAUAAAAAUAAAGGCAUUUUGCUUCACUAAAAAACUUAUAUCUGACAGCCAAGAAAAUCGCUUCAUUCAUUUCAUAGAAAUUUGCUCCCUUCGUGUAUACGCUACCUUUCUCAUUGCUUUUUUAAAAAACAAAGCCUACUUUAUUGAAAUUCGGAAGAAAUAGACUCGUUCAGUGCUUUCUACUACGUCCUUAUUAUCGGGUUGUAGCUGCAUUGUAUACUAAAGGAGCUUCUUGUAAGAUAAAGCAACUUGCCAAUUCUCAUUGUGUCUAUUUCUAGGGCUUAAAACAAGAAUAUAAGCAACUCGACUUAUAUUAAUAGAAAAAACUCCUAUAGUUUUUACGCUUUGGACUGAAUAGACAGACUCCUUUACGAAUCACCAGGUCUUGCUUGUUUGUCAAAUAUACCUUUUUGGAUUUCACCGAUUCUUUUAACUACCUUGGGAGUGAAUAACUUGCAAUUCGUUCAUUUAAUUUCGCAAUUUUGCUACCCAUAAGUUGACCAAUUUCACCCGUAGUUUCGUCACCAGUGUUUUUUUUUUUUGGAAUUAAUAUAAGUACCUCUCCCUUCUCAUUGAAAUUUAUUUUAUUUCUAGUAUUUUUCUACGAUGCAUAAUUCAAUUCCUUCCACUAAUACAUGGGAUCAUUACGAAGAAGAUGCUUCUGCCAGUAACGAGAAACCUUUAACGAGCGCUGUUUCUACGGAUUCAAAUACUACAGAUUACAUACCAAGGAAUCAUUUUCCUUCGAUAGACAAGACUUCCUCUGCCGUCUUGUCACCGAAUACUUCUGAUAUGUCUGACUAUUCGAAGGAGAUUGAUGAAAAAGGUGGUCCAAAUGUUCAAGUAAGAGACGAUACAAACAAUACUAUUGUCACGGUUGCCCUUCCUACAAUUUCGGAGCAUUUUCAUGAUGCCUCUCGUUCAUUUUGGAUCGGUACUUCCUAUUCCCUGGCCACAAAUGCAAUCCUUCCCGCCGUUGGUGUUCUCUCUAAUAUCAUAGGAAGAAAGCCCAUGCUUUAUGCUUCCGUUUUCUUUUUCAUGCUGGGUAGUGCUCUCAGUGGUGCUAGCCAAAACAUGAUUAUGUUGAUUGUUUGCAGAGCCAUACAAGGCCUUGGAGGAGGCGGGAUUACAUCUUUGGUGAACAUUAUCAUUUCUGAUAUCACCCCCCUUAAAACGCGACCUAUAUAUACUGGUUUGGUUGCUUCAGCUUGGGGCAUGGCUCUCGUCCUUGGCCCAAUUUUAGGUGGUGUAAUAUGUCAGAGGACCACUUGGCGAUGGAUUUUUUUCAUCAACCUUCCAGUAGGUGGCAUAGCCAUAUCUUCUCUUAUUCUCUUCUUGAGGGUAUUACCUGUUCAGGGACAAACCUUCCGUAAGUUUUCCAAAACGUUUGAUUUUUUUGGUCUUAUUACCAUUAUUACGGGUGUCGUACUUUUUUUGUUAGGUAUCUCUUUAGGAGCUUCGUCUGGUCGUUGGUCUCGUCCUGGUGUUUUGCCUUACAUUGUUAUUGGUGCAGUUUUGGUGGCUACUGCUUUCAUAUAUGAUUUUAAUACCAAAAGAAAUGCUGUGUUGCCUUCAACAUUUUUCCUAAACAUAAACAGUCUUAGUUUACUCGUUUGUUCCUUCGUGCAUUUCCUUAAUUAUUAUUUAUUUUCUUAUUAUAUUCCUCAGUACUUCCAACGAAUUCGAGGCGAUGAUCCCAUUAUGGCUGGUGUGCAUUUCUUGCCUGGUGGAUGUGUUUUGUGCUGUCUUACCAUUUCAGUUGGCAUAGUUCUGAAAAAAUUGGGUCGCUACAAGCCAUUACUCUAUAUUGGAGCUAUUGCAUGCACUGCCGGAAUGGGAAGUUUGAUUUCUUUGGGUGCUUAUACUUCCUUCUCCAAAUCCAUGGGCCUUACCACUAUCUAUAUGUUUGGCUCUGGGUUUCUAUUCUUGCCUCCCAUGAUUGCUAUGCAGGCAGCUUUUCCCCCUUCGUUAAUGUCCAUGGCUACUGCCACCUUAAUGUUUAUACGAAACAUGGGAGGUGCUAUUGGUAUAACUAUAGGCGAGGUAAUUUUCAGUCAAAGAGUGACAGGUGUCUUUCACGAUAGUUCGAUUGCUACUCUCUCGUACCAACAAAUUCAGCAACGUCCAGCCGAUGAACAGGGUCAUAUUGAAGAAACGUUUGCAUCUGCCUUUCGAACUAUUUGGAUUUUUGCUACUAUUGCUAUGGCUAUUGGUACCCUCGCAGUAUUCUUUGUGAAGAGCAAUUCCAUUGACCAAAAAACGGAAAAGGUUCCCGCGAAAGAGCAUAAGGAUGAACAAGUUUAGAUUCUCUCAGAAUACUAAACCUUUUGAAUAGUUACAUUUGUCGUAUAUUAAUCUCUUUACCUGUUUACUAAUACUAGUUUAAAAUUAAUGCAUAUCUUUUAGUUUGUUCUUAUUUUAAUGAAUUGUUAUCCCAAAAA